AUGGCCCUGGACGGCGAGCGCGGGGAGCAGGAGGAGGAGAAGAAAAAGAAGAAGAAGAAAAAGAAGAGGAAGAAGAAGAAGGAGGAGGGGGCUGAGAAGAGCCGCUCACCCUUCUCGGCCACGAUGGGGGAGAACGACGCCGCGCUCCGGACCGGCAGCAGGGGGCUCUCGGACCCGUGGGCGGACUCCGUGGGGGUGCGACCCCGCACCACCGAGCGCCACAUCACUGUGCACAGGCGGCUCGUACUGGCCUUCGCCUUGUCCAUCGUGGCGCUGCUCGCGGUCACUAUGCUCGCCGUGCUGCUCAGCCUGCGCUUCGACGAGUGUGGGGCUAGCGCAGCGUCCGGCGCAGAGGGUGGCCUCGCCGGCUUCCCACCGCGCGGUGGCAACGGGAGCCUUCCGGGUUCUCCCCGGCGCAACCAUCAAGCUGGCCGGGACUCCUCGCAGCCCGAGGCAGGAGUGGAGGCCACCCCUGGGACACCGUCUGCCCAGCCGCCGUCGGAGGAGGAGCAGGAGCAGCGGCAGCCGUGGACGCAGCUGCGCCUGUCCGGCCAUCUCAAGCCGCUGCACUACAAUCUGAUGCUCACCGCUUUCAUGGAGAACUUCACCUUCUCCGGGGAGGUCAACGUGGAGAUCGCGUGCCGGAACGCCACCCGCUACGUCGUGCUGCACGCCUCCCGGGUGGCGGUGGAAAAGGUGCAGGUGGCCGAGGACCGGGUGGCGGGGGCCGUCCCGGUGGCCGGCUUUUUCCUCUAUCCGCAAACCCAGGUGUUGGUGGUGGUGCUGAACAGGACCCUGGACGCGCAGAGGAAUUACAACCUGAAGAUCAUCUAUAACGCCCUGAUCGAGAACGAGCUCUUGGGCUUCUUCCGCAGCUCCUACGUGCUCCACGGGGAGAGAAGAUUCCUCGGUGUUACUCAGUUUUCGCCUACACAUGCCAGGAAGGCAUUUCCUUGUUUUGAUGAGCCCAUCUACAAGGCUACUUUUAAAAUCAGCAUCAAGCAUCAAGCAACCUAUUUAUCUUUAUCCAAUAUGCCAGUGGAAACUUCCGUGUUUGAGGAAGAUGGAUGGGUUACGGAUCACUUUUCACAGACCCCUCUCAUGUCCACAUAUUAUUUAGCCUGGGCUAUUUGCAACUUCACAUACAGAGAAACUAUCACCAAGAGUGGGGUUGUAGUACGAUUAUAUGCAAGACCCGAUGCUAUCAGAAGAGGAUCCGGGGACUAUGCUCUCCAUAUAACAAAGAGAUUAAUAGAAUUUUAUGAAGACUACUUUAAAGUGCCCUAUUCCUUGCCAAAACUAGAUCUUUUAGCUGUGCCUAAGCAUCCGUAUGCUGCUAUGGAGAACUGGGGACUAAGUAUUUUUGUGGAACAGAGAAUACUGCUGGAUCCCAGUGUUUCAUCUAUUUCUUAUUUGCUGGAUGUCACCAUGGUCAUUGUUCAUGAGAUAUGUCACCAGUGGUUUGGUGACCUUGUGACCCCUGUGUGGUGGGAAGACGUGUGGCUGAAGGAAGGAUUUGCUCACUACUUUGAAUUUGUUGGUACAGACUACCUCUACCCUGGCUGGAACAUGGAAAAACAGAGGUUUCUGACGGAUGUUCUGCAUGAAGUGAUGCUGCUUGACGGCUUGGCCAGUUCGCAUCCAGUAUCACAGGAAGUGCUGCAGGCAACAGAUAUUGACAGGGUAUUUGACUGGAUCGCUUAUAAAAAGGGUGCUGCUUUAAUUAGAAUGCUGGCUAAUUUUAUGGGCCAUUCAGUGUUUCAGAGGGGUUUGCAGGAUUAUUUAACCAUUCAUAAGUAUGGUAAUGCAGCCAGAAAUGAUCUCUGGAAUACGCUUUCAGAGGCUUUAAAAAGAAGUGGAAAAUAUGUAAAUAUACAAGAAGUAAUGGAUCAGUGGACACUCCAGAUGGGUUAUCCUGUUAUCACCAUCUUGGGAAAUACAACAGCAGAAAAUUGGAUAAUAAUUACCCAACAGCAUUUUAUUUAUGACAUCAGUGCUAAAACUAAAGGACUUGUACUUCAAAAUAACAGUUACCUGUGGCAGAUUCCAUUAACUAUUGUGGUAGGAAAUAGAAGCCAUGUGUCUUCAGAAGCAAUUAUUUGGGUGUCUAACAAAUCAGAGCACCACAGAAUAACUUCUUUGGACAAAGGAAGCUGGUUGCUUGGGAACAUCAAUCAAACUGGAUAUUUUAGAGUCAACUAUGAUUUGAGGAACUGGAGAUUAUUAAUUGAUCAAUUAAUCAGGAACCAUGAGGUCCUCUCUGUCAGUAAUCGAGCAGCCUUGAUUGACGAUGCCUUCAGCCUGGCCAGAGCUGGCUAUUUGCCUCAGAAUAUUCCCCUGGAGAUUAUCAGAUACCUGUCUGAGGAGAAGGAUUUUCUUCCUUGGCAUGCUGCCAGCCGAGCUCUUUAUCCUCUAGAUAAAUUACUGGACCGCAUGGAGAAAUACAAUGUCUUCAAUGAAUAUAUUUUAAAGCAAGUUGCAACAACGUACAUCAAGCUUGGAUGGCCAAAAAAUAAUUUUAAUGGAUCUCUUGUUCAAGCAUCCUACCAACAUGAAGAACUGCGUCGAGAAGUUAUAAUGCUGGCAUGCAGUUUUGGCAACAAGCACUGUCACCAACAGGCUUCAACACUCAUUUCGGACUGGAUUUCCAGCAACAGAAACAGAAUACCACUAAAUGUUAGAGACAUCGUCUACUGUACAGGAGUUUCCCUGCUAGAUGAGGAUGUCUGGGAAUUCAUAUGGAUGAAAUUCCACUCCACCACAGCAGUUUCUGAGAAGAAAAUAUUAUUGGAGGCCUUAACUUGCAGUGAUGACAGGAAUUUAUUAAAUAGGCUUCUGAAUCUGUCACUGAACUCUGAAGUGGUGCUGGAUCAAGAUGCAAUUGAUGUGAUAAUCCAUGUGGCUCGAAAUCCUCAUGGCCGGGACCUUGCCUGGAAGUUUUUCAGAGAUAAGUGGAAGAUAUUAAAUACCAGGUAUGGAGAGGCAUUAUUUAUGAAUUCCAAACUUAUCAGUGGAGUUACAGAAUUUCUUAAUACUGAAGGUGAACUUAAAGAGCUAAAGAACUUUAUGAAGAACUAUGAUGGAGUAGCUGCUGCUUCUUUCUCAAGAGCUGUGGAAACUGUCGAAGCCAAUGUACGUUGGAAAAUGCUUUACCAAGAUGAGCUUUUCCAAUGGUUAGGAAAAGCUCUGAGACACUAAUAUGUGUCUCAAAAACAACUCAACUCAGAAAUUCUGUGGAAAGCUCUGCUUUAUGUAGAAUGAAGAAAAUGGCCCGAUUUUCAGUGUUAACGUGUGGGAGGAAUUUUUUUUAAAUUGGUUUUGGGGGAUUUUUUUGUUUCAUUCAUUCUGUUUUGUUUCUCUACUGGGUGUUCUUUAAAGAAACUCUUGCAAGUUAAACUAGCCAUGAUUGCUUCAGCUGUACAUUCCUUGCUCUACAGGACCAAAUACGGUAGUGGUGCAUGUUGAUGUUGCAGUUUGGAAAAACAUAUUCAGAAUAUUUUGUGCAUGGUUGUAUGGUCCUGCCUGUGUUUCAGCAUGCUUAUUUAAAAUGUCCAAUAUUGUAUGUUACAUAUGUUACAUCCAGGAUGGGCAUUAUGCAAAAGCACAAAUAUCUGUGACAAUCAGUGUUGCAAUGAAAGAAAAAGUAAAACAGAAAAUUAUAUUCUUAGUCUUGGGCAUUGUAAGAGGUAAAAUAGCCUUUAAGUGAUCAAGGUCACUUAUUUCAGCACUUGGAGUGUCUUGCAAUGACUACUGUUUUGUUAACUCAUUUUCUUUGAGUUAAAGUUGUGUAUACAUUAAAAAGGCAUAUAGAUACUGUAUGCAUAUGUAUAUGUACAUAGGGAAGCCCUGUAUGUAUAUAGUAUGCUGUACACUGAACUUCUGCAAAGACUCUCUUCAGAUCAAGAAAAAUUUAUCUCUUUUACAAACUUCUGCAAACUUUGAAAAAGCUGAAGAAAAUUUAUCUUAGCAUUACCCUUCUUGACACUUUCCUGUUUCUCAACUGUUAUGAAUUUUUCAUAUACUUCCUUAACAGUGGUCUACUCUACUACAUACAAAACUAAUUCAAACAAAAUUUAUGUAUAAACUAAACAAUUUUCUAAUUCUUCUAAGUAAGUGGCAGCCUUUCAUUCUAAAUAUAGAUUCUAUUAUCAUUUUGGUCAAACUUCCUGUUGCAUAAAACAAUUGUGCUUACUUAAUAAUUAUUAGUGCUGUAAAAAUAUUUAUUUUUUUCAUCUUGUUUGUUUUUCCAUCUUAUGUUGGCUGUCAGUUAAAAUACUCGCUCUGUGUGUUGGUUCUGUGUCUGUGAAUCUAAUCCUCCAUUAAGCAACUAUACCUCAAGCGGGUCUAUUAGCCUUUAAUGACCUUUGAUGCCAGUCAUGCCACCUAUUAAAAGUUGAAGUUACUCUCUUGAACAAAACUUUUUCUUUGGCAUUGACAAUGCUUUUCUUUGUGUUAUGUAACCCAAGUAUUUCUAAAUGGUAUUCUCGCCCAGUAGGCCAGCCCUCCAAAUGUUGUUUAAAUGCUCCAAAUUGACAUAAAGUUUAUCAUUAUAAAAUACCAACAGGACUACCAUACAUAAGCCGAAUGUUUGUGGACCACUCUCUAUUUUCCUGAAGUGUUUCACUCCUCUAAAUCUCCUCCAAAUCUUAUUGCAAGUCAUUGAAAGAAAAUAUUCUAAUUCUAAUUGUCAGUGAACACUGGCAAAAAAAAUAUAUAGGUAUUUUAGAAAGUGAAGCCAUAGAUUUAUUAUAGGUUUGUAGUUGUUAAUCCAUACAAUGGAUAUCACCUAAAACUGAGUAUUGUCUUUUUAGCAGUUACUAUCUGUUACUUAUGCCUAAAUUUUCCAGUGCUUCUUUUUAAAACACAUGGAUUUUAAAUAUUCUACGUGGAGUUACUAAGACAUAGUAAUGAUUAGCAUAAAAUUUAAGAGCCUUCCAUUUAUGAGGAGUGAUGUGAACUCUAUAAGGAGUAAGUUCUGAAACAUAACAAUAAUAAAUAUCCCACAGCUGUGCAGGUCUGAAACAUGUACUAUAUCACCACUGAAUUUAUGUAAUAGAGAAGAUAAAAAAAAUAGAGGUGAAUGUCUUGUUUUGUGUUGUGAAUUACUGAAAAUUCUUAGUAGUUGAGGCAUUCAUUUGAGUGAAAUCACCAUUUCCAGAUUUGAGUUAGAAGGGCUUUUAUAGUUUUUUUCUUCCUCCCCACUGUUAAUAAUCUUAAUCCUCUUUCAGUAUUUUAGUGGCCUUGAACAACUGGUUUAGCUACAAUGUCAAAUCCUAAGUGUAUAAUUCUGUGCAAUGUUCAAUACCUCAUAUAAUACUUGUUCAACAGUAUAAGUGGUAUCAAUGGCAUUGAGAUGGAAUUUUUGUUCUACAUAUUUUUCAAUGAUUAUUCUUUCAAAUGUUGAAGAUUAUAUCAGGCUUUAAUGUUUUUUAGUUGUUUAAAUAAGUAAUAUUUUCAAAAUAAUAA